AUGCUCCGACAGUCUCUGGCACGUUCGGCUUGGCGGACAAGUAGGCGGACCGUCAACGCCUCGCGGACCUUCAGUGCCACCCCCAGACGCCAGGCGGAGGUUGAAUUGACAAUUGAUGGAAAGAAAGUUUCAAUAGAAGCUGGCUCUGCCCUGAUUCAAGCAUGCGAGAAAGCAGGCGUUACGAUUCCCAGAAAACUCAUGAUUGCCGGAAACUGCCGAAUGUGCCUGGUCGAGGUAGAAAAAGCCCCGAAGCCUGUGGCCUCAUGUGCCUGGCCAGUGCAACCCGGCAUGGUUGUCAAGACCAACUCGCCCAUUACCCACAAGGCCCGUGAGGGUGUAAUGGAAUUUUUGCUCGCCAACCACCCGCUCGACUGCCCCAUUUGCGACCAGGGAGGCGAGUGCGACCUUCAGGACCAGUCCAUGCGAUACGGAGCCGACCGCGGCCGAUUCCACGAGAUUGGCGGCAAGCGUGCCGUCGAAGACAAGAAUAUUGGUCCGCUAAUCAAAACCUCAAUGAACCGAUGCAUCCACUGCACCCGAUGCGUUCGAUUUGCCAACGAUAUCGCCGGAGCUCCUGAGCUCGGCUCUACCGGCCGCGGCAAUGACCUGCAGAUUGGUACCUACCUCGAGAAGAGCCUAGACUCUGAACUUUCUGGAAACGUCAUCGACCUCUGCCCUGUUGGUGCUCUGACUUCUAAACCCUACGCCUUCCGUGCCCGACCUUGGGAACUGAAGCAUACCGAGUCUAUUGAUGUCCUCGACGGCCUUGGUUCCAACAUCCGUGUCGACUCUCGGGGUCUUGAGGUCAUGCGUAUUACUCCACGCCUCAACGAUGAUGUGAACGAAGAGUGGAUCAAUGACAAGACCCGAUUUGCCUGCGAUGGCCUCAAGACCCAGCGACUGACCAUGCCUUUGAUCCGUCACGAGGGCAAAUUUGAGCCUGCAGACUGGGAGGAAGCCCUUUCCGAGGUCGCCAACGCCUGGUCGACCAAGAAGCCUCAGGGCAACGAAUUCAAGAUCAUCUCUGGUGCUUUGACCGAUGUUGAGUCUUUGGUAGUCGCCAAGGACAUGGCCAACAAGCUUGGAUCCGAUAAUCUCGCUCUCGACACUCCCACCGGUAGCCAACCUAUCGCUCACGGUGUCGACGUUCGAUCUAGCUAUCUGUUCAACUCACGGAUCUGGGGUAUUGAGGAGGCUGACUGCAUACUGAUUGUUGGCAGUAACCCACGGCACGAAGCCGCCGUCCUCAACGCUCGCAUUCGCAAGCAGUGGCUGCGAUCCGACCUUGAGAUUGGUGUCGUUGGUGAGGCUUGGGACUCUACCUUUGAGUUCGAGCAUCUCGGUACAGACCAUGUCGCCCUGAAAAAGGCCCUCGCUGGUCCCUUCGGCAAGAAGUUGCAGGCCGCCAAGAGGCCCAUGAUCAUUGUGGGCUCUGGUGUUACUGACCACGCUGAUGCCAAGGCCUUCUACGAGACCGUCGGUGCCUUUGUCGAGAAGAACGCCGCAAACUUUAUCACUCCUGAAUGGGACGGCUACAAUGUACUGCAGAGAGAAGCUUCAAGAGCUGGCGCCUUCGAAGUUGGCUUCACGACGCCCUCAACCGAGGUCGCUCAGACCAAGCCCAAGUUUGUCUGGUUGCUGGGCGCGGAUGAAUUCAACGAGGCCGACAUCCCCCAGGAUGCCUUUGUCGUCUAUCAGGGCCACCACGGUGACCGUGGCGCUCAGAUUGCCGAUAUAAUCCUGCCGGGUGCUGCCUACACAGAAAAGGCCGGCACUUAUAUCAACACUGAGGGCCGUGUUCAGACCACGCGCGCUGCCACCUCACUACCAGGUGCAUCCCGAACUGACUGGAAGAUUCUCCGUGCUGCCAGUGAGUUCCUGGGCGUCCCUCUACCUUACGACGACCUCGCCGCUGUCCGUGACCGCAUGGUUGAGAUCUCUCCCGCUCUGGCCGCUUACGACAUUGUCGAGCCCGUCGCACUUCGACAGCUCAGCAAGGUUCAGUUGGUGGAUCAGAACAAGGGGUCAAAGGCUACCGGAGGGCCUUUGAAGAAGGUCAUUGACAACUUUUAUUUCACAGACGUCAUCUCUAGAAGUUCACCGACCAUGGCACGCUGCUCAGCGGCCAAGGCCACGGGUGAUCCUAGAACAAACUUUAUGGCACCCGGGAUGGAGGAAGAUAAGCCCAUGGGCCAGAUUGCUUACGGAGUAUAA